AUGCUGUUUUUAACUUUUUGGGUCCUGUCCGUUUCAGACAAGAAAAUCAAGUCAAACAAGAAUGAAAAGAAAAAGACAGAAAAAGUCUCAACCUACGUGGUCAACAUUCAAGAGCCAACAAGAAGAUCAGAACUUCUGAAGUACUGGAUCCAUUUGUCCUUGGAUGACAAGACCGCCAACAGGAUGCUAUGGAUUUCUGACAAUGGCUCCAAGGUGUGUCGCAGGCUUGAGGAGGUGUGUCCCGUCCUGGACAGACCGGAAAGAUAUGAGUACUCACCACAGGUGGUGUGCAAAGAGGGAAUCUGGAACAUGAGGGCCUACUGGGAAGUAGAGUACACCGGCUGGGUGGUCAUCGGCGCCACCUACGAGGGAGCGGGACGGAGGGCCAACUCUGGGCCGAGCGGCCUUGGGGAAAACGAGGAAUCCUGGGGUCUGUGCUGGGCGGGAACACGCUAUCAGAUCUGGUUUAAUGGCAUCAAUAAGGACAUCAACGACGUCCCCUUUUGCUCUACCAUCGGGGUGUACGUGGACCAGCCUGCCGGCACCAUCAGUUUUUACGUGGUGACCAGGGAGGGAUCCCAGAGGGAGGUCAAGCUGCUGUAUAAAGUGAAGACCAACAUUGAGAAGAAGAUUCUUCCUGGAUUCUGGAUCGGGAUUCAGUCUUCAUGCACGUUACUCAAGAAAGAAGACUGAAUGCUACAUUGACAUCAUUUCAUAUUCUAUGUGCCUUUUGAUCAGGGGUCAAGGGUCAGAGUAAGGUCCUAAAUUGGUUCAUGGGUAAGUUAUUUAUUCUCAAAUUGUGGUAUGAGUACCACUGGUGGUACGCAGGAUCCAUCUAGUGGUACUCAUAACUCCGUCUUGGAUUCAUGUUUCUUUGAUUUUGUUUAUGUGCUUUAACAUUAGCAUUAGAAUUAGCAUUAGCAUUAGCAUUAGCGUAUGCCAGUGUUAUGGCAAUACAUGAUGUUUAGCUCCUUGGAAACCCUGCUGAAGAUGAAUAUUUUCUAUUUGAUGUUAGGGCUGUCAAAAAGAACGUAUUAACGGUGGUAACAAAUUUAUUUAAUCAAAAAAAUGUAUUUAAUUUAUUUAACAUAUUUUUUGUGUUUGUAAUUAACACUAGCGCACCAGAGCAAGUACGCCUUGGGCCCAUCAUUCACAAUGUGAAAAAUAGUAACUAUGAGCUAGCUAACAAUGCAUGUCAAUAGGGAAAAACAGUUUUAUUGUUUGAUAUACAUGCUGUGAUCAUGCAAGAACAAGUACUUUACAUUGAUGAUAACAUGUAAUACUUACAGUAUCUUGCCAUAUUUUGAUGAUUUAAAAUAUUAUGGAAACUUUUUUCCUUGGCGCAUUGAUUUCACAUUUCGUAAAUAACAGUAGCAUCGAUACAGCGACAUUAUUUAUGUCUGCUCUCCUUUGGAUGGCUGUGUCUUCGAGCACAAGACGUGUGCUGCAGUCCUGACAGCAAAGAAGCAUUUUGUCGAGUCUUCGCAGCAAAAUUGAGAGCUAGGUAUCCAGUCUUCUAUCUGUGAGUGACACUCACACAAACGGCUAGCAAGGCGUCGUGUUAGCUGCUACUAUAAUAAUAUCACUGUAGCUUGGUUAAUAUGGAAGUCCAUUAUGUAAAUUGUUGCCGUUUUUUGUGAGGGGUUUAAGCGUCAAAAUAUUUCCCAUGACAUCCAUUGUUUGCUAGCUCAUGUUAAGUUGUUUUCUUGGGCUAGAAUGCACUAAAAAGGGAAAGAAAUAUGUGUUCAUGUUUCACAUAUAGAUUGUGAAUGAUGGGCAAAAUUCCAAAAUAGGUGCAGUUCCCCUUUCAGGGUUGAAAGGCCAUAACACGAAAGCGCACAGCUGCUAUUAGCAGCUGCUAUUGGAGCUUCACCGUGUUCUGGGUCCCAGGAGGGGACAUCCUAGAAGAUUCACAGCGCAGAGAAACCUCCUUUUGCUCCCCCCUCCCUCUCUUGUGUUUGACUUACCGUCAUGUGACCAAGCAGCGACAGGCAACCAAACACCGCCCACCAGGCAAGCCCAGACAUACCACAGAGAGAGCAGGAUGAUGGCAGAAAGAAAGAGGAGCAUUGUUUGGUUCUAUUUUCAGGCUGAAAACAAGACCAUGACGUGUUGUAUCAUUUGUAAGA